AUGAGCGGAUCAGAAUCAUAUCAAAAUACUGCUGCAUCAUCUGAUGAAUAUAAAAAAGCGAUUUCUUAUCAUCAGUUAGGAUUGAACUAUUGCAAUCAAGGUGAUUAUGAAAAUGCUAUUCAGUAUUAUGAACAAGGACUUGAAAUCUUGCAAAAAGUUCUUCCUUCCAAUCAUCCUGAUCUGGCUACUUCAUACAACAACAUCGGUUUAGUGUAUGAUGACAUGGGAAAGUACUCGAGAGCGCUUUCAUCGGUGGAGAAAGCACUUGAAAUUCGACAAGAAACCUUUCCUUCGAAUCAUCCUAAUAUUGCACAGUCACACCGCAACAUCGGUAUGAUAUAUGACAAGAUAGGAGAGUACUCGAAGGCACUUUCAUCUCACGAAAAAGCACUUAAAAUUCGAGAAGAAACUCUUCCUUCAAAUCAUCCUUCAAUGGCUGCUUCAUACAACAACAUGGGUAAUGUGUAUGACAACAUGGGAGAGUACUUGAGAGCGCUUUUAUUCUACGAAAAAGCACUUGAAAUUCGAGAAAAAACUCUUCCUUCAAAUCAUUAUUUAUUAGCUACUUCAUACAACAACAUCGGUAGUGUGUAUGCCAGUACGAGAGACUAUUUAAAAGCACUUUCAUUUUUCGAAAAAGCACUUGAAAUCUAUCAAGAAGCUCUUCCUUCAAAUCAUCCUUAUUUGGCUACUUUGUACAAUAACAUCGGUAUUUUACAUGAGAAGACGGGAGAAUACUUAAAAGCACUUUCAUAUUUCGAAAAAGCACUGAAAAUUCAACAAAAAACUCUUCCUUCAAAUCAUCCUUCAAUGGCUACUUCAUACAACAACAUCGGUAAUGUGUAUUGCAACAUGGGAGAGUACUCGAGAGCACUUUCAUAUCAUGAACGUGCUCUGGACAUAUUACAACGUGCAUUACCUCCCAUUCAUCGUAAUAUAAAAACUGUGAAAGAGAGCAUUGAAAUUGUAAAAAAAAGAUUAUAA